ACACAACAUUCAUUAUUUCUUUGAUACAGGACACAACGUUAUUCCUGUGAGGUAAGUUUUCUCUUCUCGUCAUGCAGAAAAAAAGAGUUAUAAGGUUUACUUCGUGUUCGUUCUUUACGGUGCUUGUUUUUCUGUGUCUAUCUGUUGCUUCAGAUUUUAUUGUUUGUUGUGGUUUUCACUCGCUACCUCAAGUAGUGCAUACUGCUAUGUAUUAUGAAGUAAGGAUGUCAACAUUCUUGUCAUUAGUUCAACAUCCAUGCAUUCUCUUAUUCUAUCAUCCUGAUCAUCAAGUGGUAUUUCUCGUCAACAUUCGGAACUUCUAGAUGAAGCAAGUGCUGAAGAGCCUCCGGAGUCUUCUCCACGAAAUAGCGCGACGAAGACUGCUCCAAGCAGAGCCGUCGUUGCUGCCUCGAGGAGUGCAACGACUACCAUUGUGCCGUCCAACAUAGUUACAGCUCUGAAUGCGGCAACAUUUUCGCAGGAUCAUCUAAGAUGAAAACGUCUGGUGCUUCUCUUGGUUUUACCCGGGCUUUCGACCAUGUACAACGUUAUUGUGAGCAGAAUGUACCAUGCGAUGAGCGAUAGCAAUUAUCGACAAGAAGACACUCGCUAACGCAGGGGUCGUAUCUAUCAUGUUAGAAAUAAUAAAUUUCGAUUUAAC